CAGGUUUUCACUUUACUCAAGGACUAGACCAAAUGGCAUGAAGUCAGGAAUAUAAUGGAAUUACAAAAUAAAGAAAAUGUCUGCCAGUUUGAAAAGACUGUAAUGGAAGUACAGAAAAUAACGAGGACUCCACUGAGGACACCUCUUCAUGAUGUUAAAAAUCAGGAUGUCAUUAACAGAAGUUUAAAGAAGACAGUUCUUAAUCAUGUGAUAGCUGCAGAGCCUUCGUUGAGGACACCCACUAGAAAAUCUUCCAAAAUUAGACGGUCAAUUCUUGUGUACCAAGACAAAGAGAAUCAGCCUGAGGAAGAAAUAAAGAAAUUAGCUUUUAAGGAAGUGUCAAAAGUUAUCAACAAUGCUCAGCAUUUAAUUUGUCCGCCUGUUGUUAAUGUGGUACCAGCAACACCAGUGUGUAAUAAAACAGUGUCUUACAGUUCUGAAAUUACUGACAAUGUUAGAGAUCUACAGUCUGAUGAUUGUGAAGUUACCAAAGGUCUCAAAUCAGAUAUUGAUCAGGAGACUUCCAGCAGAAUCCAGAUAUCUAUUAACACAUCACAACCAGUGUGUCAAUUGGUGAAAGAUGAAUUUGAGAAACUACAGUCAAAAAGUUUAAUUAAAUCAAAGAUUGACAGUGAUUUAUAUGCUGAAAACAAACAUCAGAUUAUUGUUGACAGUGAUAUUUUUAUUGGUCAUGAAGAAAUUUAUGACGAUGCCCACAUUGACAGUUUGGGUGUAUUAUCUGAAGUUGUCAAGGACUUAAGUACCAAUGAGUUAUCUCCCUUGGAAAAUUCUGUUACAGAUCAGAAUGGAAGUGUUAUAGUUGGGAAUGGAAGUGACCACACAUAUGCUGGGUUCACAUGUCACAUGUGUAGUGUUGAUGACAGAAAUGAUGUCAAUGAGUGUGGUACUUCUCCAAUGACACCUGUAUCUAAAACAAGUAUCGAAACUUCAACUGAGUUGCCAUCUCUUCAGGAGACAGCCUGUUCACCUCUUGUUACAGAAACCAAAGACAUUGGUUCUAUGGUGGAGAUAAUUACAAAUGACAUGGCAUGUUCACCCUGUCACACCUGUAGUGUGGAGCAGGAAACAAUGACAGAGCCUGUCACACCAGUCAAACUACCUGAGAUGUGUGACAUAUCAGUCCAGCAUUUGAUUGACACUGUAACAGCAGCAUGUUCUCCUAUAUCAUGUGACAUGACAUCUACAGCAUGUUCUCCCAUAAAGGGGUUUACAGCUCAGUCUAAUGACGACAGUUGUUCUGUUUUUAAAUCUGCAUCAACUAUGACAAAUGCUACACCUGUAAAACAUGACAUGGCAUUACAGGCAGUACCAGAUACAAAGUCUGUUUUAUGUUCACCACGACACCCACUACAAACCAAGGACUGUGGAAUAUUGGCCACCUCAACACAGGCUGAUGUUACGACCAACACGGUCAUUGUGGAACAAAUGGAUCAAGGUGUGGAUGUCCGUCCAAUGAUGAACACGGGAUCUACGAUGACAGAAUACCUCUUAGUAAACAGUGAAACAUCAAUGACACCUGUUAAACUUCUCAAUAAGAAGGGCCAUAGGUUUACAGCAGAUGAGAUUAGGAAGCAGCAUCCAAGAAUCUUGGCCAAUAAACUGGACACUUAUGCCCUGGAAGCUGAACGUUAUAAAUUUGAUAUAGGGAAAGUAGAAAAAGAAAGAGACCAUUUUAAGUCCAGGAUAACAGAACUAAAGGCAGUUAUCAAAGAAAAACAGAAGAUGAUAAAUGAUAACCAAGGGAAAGUUGAUCUGGAGAAAAGUAAUUUGAAGGAAGAGUAUGAAGAGAAAAUAGAAAAAUUAACCAACAGCCUCCAGGAAAGUGAAGAGAAUGUUACAUAUCUUAAAGAAGAAAUUAUUCAGCUUAAUGCCAGAUCUUCAAAGGAAAAAGAUCAGUUUGUGUCAGAGAUUGAAAAUCUGAAAAUAAAGUGUAGUGAAAUGGAAAUACAAUUAGCUGAUUCUACGCAAACAAAAACCAUUGAGAUUGCCACUUUAAAAGAAGAACUAGAACAGAAACAAAAUGAUCAUCAGAUGAGAAGUGCACAUAAUCUGAUCUUAGAAUUACAGACAGAGUUAGUAGAGCAUAAAGAACUAACUGACAGUCUCAAGUUAGCAGAACAAUUACAGAGUGAAAUACAGAAAGUUGUGUCAGAUAAUUACAGGAAAGUCAGGGCAGCAGCUAACAGAUUGAUGAACAUGAAGAGAGGAGUAGAUGUACAGAGACUUGAAGUUAUGCAAAAACAAUGUGAAAAUGAGAAAGAAUGUGAGAGAUUUGCUACAGAGAAGAAAGAAAUGGCUGAAAAUUAUGACAGUCUGAAGAAUACUCUAGAAACAUCUAGGUCUAGUAUGAUGCAGAUUGAAUCAUUAUAUGAGAGUACAUCAUCUGAUCUGCUAAGUGCCACAAACCAAGUACAGAUCCUGAGUAGAGAGUUAAUGACCACAAGAUCAGCAAUAGAAGAAGCCAACCUGGUAAAACAUUCACUAGUACAACAGGUAGAUGACUUACAAGAGAACGACAAGGCAGCAGUCCAGGAAAUAUCCAAUCUUAGGCACAUCACUGAAGCCAAAGAAAACGAAUAUCAAGACUUCAAGAAAUGGUCAAGUGACAAUGAAAGGAAAUUAGCUAGUACAUUAGUAAUAUUCCAAGAAGAAAAAGAGAGAUUAGAAUUGUUAUCAGUAAAUCUCCAGCGGACUGUGGACUCAUUAAACGAGGACAUAGAUACUUUAGAGAAUGAUCUGUUUUCCACCAGAGAAUUUUCAUCAGAACAAGCCUCCAGGCUAGUCAAACUUGAUGAAGAUUUAUCCCUGGCUAACCAAGAACUGAGUCAUACCAGACUGGAAAAUAUGGAGCUUAGAGAUAGUUUAGCUGUAUUCAGAGGAAAUCAGGACUAUUUACAACAGGGUGUUGAUCUAGCAGAGAGCGAGCUCCAGAGAAAGUCCUCAGAACUUGAGACACGGAAGGCUGAGUUAAGGGAAAGCACUUUCUUAUUAGUGGAGUUAGAAAACAAAAUGGCUAGUUUGUUACAAGGUUUAAGGAGCAGAGCAGGACUUGAGCAUGUACAUGUAAAGUCAGAGCUGUCGAGUCCACAAACCAGCUGUAUGAAACCAAGGUUAAAACCAUCAGCUAAGAAGUCUGCAAGGAAGACACUAACAAACAAUAUUUCAGACUCUUGUCGUAAAGUGCAGGAUCGAUCAUUCCUUUCUAUGGUAAUUAAAGCAGCGGAAGGCCAGAGUGACAGUGAAUAUGAAUCAUGUAAAUCUAGUCCAAGUGACAAAUCAUCAAGGAGUACCUCACCCUACAUAGAGGGUGUCACACCGUUUGAUGAAAUGUCCACUAUUUGUGAAAAACGGAAAGACAGAGACUCUAUCGAGGAAAGUCCCAGUGCCCUCAGUAGGAAUAAAUUAGGAUUUUCCCGGAGAAAUAGUGCCUUUGCCCCAGUGAGGACUGGAACUAGUGUAAUCAAAUCCAAGCCUGGACCAUUAGAUUCUACUAUGAAAAAUAUGAGUGUUAUGUCUCAGUCACAGUUAGAGGACACUAAUCUAAGGCUGGCUGAACAGAUAGAAUGUAUUGGUGAAACAUUUAGUGAAAUAAUUAGAUGUGCUGGUAUCAUAGAAAAAGCUUCCAGGCUUUCAAUCGAUGAUUUACAAUUAGAAAAUAAAGAAUUGUGUGAACAAUUAGAUAUAUGCCAAAUAUCAGAAAAGAGAACAAAAGAAGAAUUGUCCAUGAAGAUAAGUCAUCUUUCUGAAUCAGAGGCAAACAUAUCCACACUGACAGAAAAUAUUACAAGUCUGUCUGACAAGAUAGGUUUCUAUGUAAAGCAGGAGGCAGAAAUGAGUUAUUUGAAAUCCAACCUGUCCACAACCAAGUCACAGAUAGAACAGUUAGAGGCAGAAAAACAGAUCUUAUCUACUCAGUUGAAGGCUGUACUGGCAGGUGACACAGGAGAACCUACAGGCAACUUUGCUAAAUACCACAACGAUAUAACUACACUUAAACUGAAGAUUCAGAAAUUAAAAGAAAAGGUGAAACAAAGGGAAGAAUACCAUGAAACAUUAGCUGUAAAGGCUUCUAAGAGGAUAAAAACAUUAGAUGAGAAUUGGAAGAAAGCUGAAGAGGAAGUGUACAAAUUUGAUCAGUUAGUGGAUACAAUCAGGGAGACGUUAAUAAAUUCAGGGUUGAUACCAAAACACAAGGAAUCAUUAGCACGUAUUAUAAGAAUGAUUGAUGGAUUUGAAAGUGUACAACCAAAACCAGGACCACUGAAGCCAGUAAAGACAGCUCUCUGGUAGUACAGCUAUUAAAAGACCUGGUAUCCAUAAUAUAGAUGUCAACACUUACCUCAGAACUAUUAUUUUUACUUCAUCAAUAUAGCUUUUGUAAUUCCGAAAUGUUUUGAGUGUUAUUGUGUAAAGUUCUUAUUUGAUAAUUGCAUGAAAUUGAUUUAUCAGAUGGAUUUGUGUUGAAGCAAUCAUUUUUUCUAGGAUAGUUUUGUUGUUUUGUCACUGAACUGAACAUUAAGAUAAUCCGUUAUUUUAGAAUUAUUAUCAUUAUUUUAAUUUCAAAAUGUAAAUAUCUGCUAAGGGUAUCUUAUAUUAUAUAUUAAAUGACUUUUUAAUCUCAUUAGUGGAAACAAUUGCAAACAUUUCAUGAGUACCGCGGUACAUUAAUUGUGGGAUACAUUUUUUGCAUAUUUCAAGGGAAUUACAUUGUUUUAUAACAAAUGAACAAGAUUCAGCUAUAUUAUAGAAAUGCUUGUAACUGUUCAAACUUUCAAUUUUUAAGAGUUAAGGGAAACAAGUAUUUGCUUUGUGUCAUGCAAGAAAUUUAAUCAAGUUGUCAUAUAAAAAAAAAGAGUUUUAUAAAAAUAACAGUGAUCUGAAAAAAUGGCACAUCAAAAAUACUGCAAUGUUAUGUAAUUAUUUAAGCCAGAUUUAAUAUUAAAAAAAAACCAUAGGACUGAUACAUGGAACCCAGGGAAGGCACUUCAAUAAUAGAGUAACUAUCUAUACUAUAGAAGCAAUUUUGGAGACCUGCAUACAUUUUAAAAUAGAACAACCCACCCAUAGUAGCAAGUUGUCUUCCCUUGGUCCCAUGUGUUUUUUUAUGGAACAGCCCUUAUAUAUUUUUGAAGUUGCUGACUUCUAUUUCAAUAUACAUAUACAUGUACUUGAAGCUGAAAAUGAAUGUAGUAUAAUAUUUAUUAACAAGAUCCAGCCCCAGAACCACAUGCAUAUUUAUUUCUGCGAUAACCCUCGUUAUUUCAUGUAAAUAUUUGAAUACUACAUGUAUCUAUGCAUUUCUUCAACUUUCAGGCAGUAUUGUUCACAUAAAUGUAAAGAUCCUACCGGUAAUUUAAAAAUAGUGUGUUGUUAUAUUUUGAAUUGUUAUUUUUAGGUACUCCCUUUGUCAAAUAACUUAAUUAAACAUAUUUUUAAAGGUAUUUAUUACAAAGCGUACAUCAUGUUAACGUUUACCAUCAACAUUUUUACAUCAAUGCACAUACUACUUGUACAAUCGAUCAUGAUGUCAAUAUUUAUUUUUACUGUGUCACAAUCUGUCUUGUUAUUAUAUCGAGAUAACCUGUUGUAACUUAUAGAAAUAAAAAAUCUGCAUUGUAGUCAAGAAUCUGUUUUAUUUAAAGAAAGUGGCCUCUGUGGCUGAGUGGUCUUAAGUAGUUCAUCUAGGGUAAUUACUAGCCUGGCAACACUGUCACUAAGGUUGUGAUUUCAAAGCGUGAUUGUGGCAAGAUGUGUUUGACUCUGAUAUUAAUUAAGGAUGUUUGCUCCUCAAUUUUAAAAUAACAAGCUUUUUAAAAGACUGUUAUAAAUUGAUAAUAUAUAAAUAACAGAAUUUAAAAAACUGAAAAAAUUAUAGAUCCAUGUCAUUGUUUAUGAGAUAUAAUCAAUUGAAAUUUGUGUGGGAAAUCAUUCUCACUAGAUUUUUCAUACAUUUAACAUUGGCACCUCUUUCCUUUCAAAAAAUGUAUGAAAAAAAUAACGGAUUUUAUAAGAUUUUCAAAAAUGGCUUUUUAUUAAAACAAUAUGUAAUAAAAUAAUAAAAGAAUAGUAGGGGUUAGCAGCCAAAAUUUUAUAUUGGCACUACAUGGAUAAAACUAGAGUAUUCCAAAAAUCUGACAAAAAGUCUAUCUCAUUAGAAUCAGCUGUUAGUUUUCGCUACAACACUCCAUCCCUUAGAGGGAGUGUAGCGUAUCACAACAUAGGAUUGUAAUCAGAUUGACAAAAAGUAAAAAAACAAGAGUAGCAAACAUCCUUAAUUGACUAGGCUUGACAGUUUUCCAGUACAUUUUUACUUUGAAACCUCUUCACUUGCAAUUGACUUCCACUCUAACUUUAGAAUUGGAUUGUCUAUUAAAUGCAGUACUGCUUGUAGAUGAUACUUGGCUAAAAUGUAUUAAACAACAAUAAACCAGUUGUGACAC